AUGAAUGGCUCCGAGUCCGAACAUCAGGAGGGAAUGGCAAUGCCGGCCAUCUUCCAGGGUGGUACGCAGAUCACGCUGUUUUCCUCUGCUCUGUCCACCCAGUCAGUGGGCGCUUACCUGGCUGCCCUGAUAGCGCUAUUUCUUCUUGCAUGGUUCAACCGCUUCCUCGCUGCCCUUCGCUACCAGAUUGACGCCACGCAAAUCCCUGGUUCUGGUUCCAGUCGCCUCCCACUGCAGUCAUUUCCAACCGCUGAAGAAUGGGACGAUGGCGCCCAUUUGGCUCCAAGUGCAGGCCUUAUUCCAGGCCAUGAGAAAUCCCAUGGCAGCAACAACCGGCUGCUGCGCCGCCUUGCUUGCCCCUUCCCCACCUGGGCUGCGUCGAGACCGUGGCGCUGGCGCAUCGAUGGCCUUAACACACUCCUCGAGGGGAUUCGCGCCUUAACUGGUUAUUUGCUUAUGUUAGCCGUCAUGACCUUCAACCUCGGGGUUCUGGCCGCGAUCGUGGUAGGGGUCAUGGUCGGGGAGCUCACUCUCGGUCGUUUCUCCAAUUCGGCUUAG